AUGGUAGUGGCGUCAAGACAACCAGAUGUGACGUCACAAGACCCAGAAGAGAUGUCAUGGACUGGGAGUGACGUCAUAGGAAUGCCAAUAGAACGAUACAUUGUGUAUAUAUCAAAAUAUUGUGAUGGGUUUUGUAACUGGGCGACGAAUGUCAGUUUUAACUGGAACUCAAUGAUGGUCGGCCCGAAGAGAGAUCUUGUUGGUGAGAUGGCUCAAGCACUGAAAUCAAAAACGGAUCUCCACCUUGGCCUGUACCAUUGCCUGGUAGGAUGGUUCCACCCUCUUUAUCUACAGGACAAGGCCAACAACUUCACCACCACCAAGUUUGUUGAGGUACAGAUUACUCCUGAACUCUAUGAGCUUGUGAACAACUACAAGCCCGAUAUUGUUUGGUCUGACGCAGACGGGGAGGCCUCAGACACAUACUGGGGUUCCAAGGAGUUUCUGGCCUGGCUCUACAAUGAGAGCCCAGUGAAGGAUACGGUUGUCACCAAUGACAGAUGGGGAAAGGGGGACCCUUGUCAACAUGGGGGAUACUUGACAUGCCAUGACAGGUACAAUCCAGGAGUACUUCAGCCAAGAAAGUGGGAGAAUUCGAUGACAAUUGACAAGAAAUCCUGGGGAUUCCGCCGAGAGGCUGUCCUUAAUGAUUAUCUGACGAUGGAAGAGAUAAUAGCAAUCCUUGUUCAGACUGUCAGCUGUGGAGGCAACCUGCUGAUAAAUGUGGGGCCAACCAAAUAUGGCAUGAUUAGUCCAAUCUUUGAGGAGAGACUGCGCCAGAUGGGAAAAUGGCUGAAGGUGAAUUGGGAGGCCAUCUACGCCUCCAAACCGUGGCUGGCCCAGAAUGACACAGUCACGCCAGGAGUUUGGUACACGCAGAGAGCUGGGAUCGUGUAUGCCAUCUUGCUGAACUGGCCACAACCUGGUCAACUCCACCUGGGGUCAGCUUUGCCUAAUAAUGGAACACAAGUCAGCCUCCUUGGGUACACUGGAAGCUUCUCCUGGCAGUAUGCUUCACCCAAAGGAAUCAGUAUCACAAUCCCUCCCAUCCCUGUCAACAAGAUGCCAUGUCAGUGGGGGUGGAUCUUCGCGCUGACAUAAUGAUUGGCCUUCAAAAUGACAAAAGGUUGACAAUGGCAUGGGGCUUCACAAUGGCUGACACUUAAAUGGAU